CCAGGAAGUGGAAUAUCACAGACCUCUCGGCGCAAGAAAUCAUUCCCAUCAUUAUUUUUCUACCCCGUCUCCCGCUGCCCCGUCGCUCUAGUCGCAUAACUUCGUCCGUCCGUUUCUUGGCUGGCCAUCACUACAGCACAGACCUGCUGCGCAACAUAUGCUCCUCUAAACGUUUGCGGAUGCCAAGCGCCGACUCAGCAUGAAUCGAAAAAUUGAUGACAGCCAGUGGUAGAAACGACACAAACUUGAAGACGACUUCGUGGCAGUUUUGAAGGUCAAUGGAAAACUAUUUGAGUGGUGCGGACACGCCGCCGCAGAAAAGAGGUGCAAACAAGGCCGGCCAUAUACUUGGCGGCAUAAUGAAAACCUCUGGAAACAAGCUGUGGGCCGCAACAGACCCCUUGUCAAGCAAUAUGGCGGCGCAUGCAUGGAAGCCUUCUAGAAGGAGUUUCCUCCUGCAGCCGAGAUCUGCUCUCGUCAUCCCCGGCAUCCCCCCCCCCCCCCGUGUCAUUCCCAUUUGCAACCUCUCGCAAACUAUGUACAGCCAGGCCAGCAUGUAUCGGCGGCUCCAGCACGUAUUCGGCCUGGUAUACGCCCGCUACGGUAUCAUCCGACAUCAUGGUUCGCCAUAG